GUUUGUUUCUUUUUCUUACAGGACUUAAGUUUUUAGUUGAUGUCUUUAAUGAUGCAGCUAUCCGUGUACUACAGUCAUGGUGAAAGAUCUGUAUUUAUUUCAAAUGAAUCUCACAAGAAAAUUUGCCGUGUAUUGUGUCGAGGACAAAAUGUUGACAAGUGCAUUCUAGACAUUUUAAGCAAUUCUGUUCCUGAGCUGGUUUCCUCUGCAGCCUCAAAGAUUGUAUCUAAAGAGUGCCAAAGACUUUGUAAGCGUGGAUCGGGAUCAAUUUUACAGACAAAAUCAUAUGACUCCAUAUUCAGGUUCACAUGGGAUGAGCUUAACAAAGAAAUACAAAUUAGAGCUCCAAACAUGCUCCAGAUAGUUUCAUCUAUUAUCAGCGAUACAGUCAUUCCUCCUACAGAAAAGAAGUAUGUGCACUUAAUGAAUACUGUUGCAACUGCUCUCCAUGGCCGAAGUGACCAGAUGUCAUGCUUACAAUAUCAGGUCGGAUUCAUCUUGACUCACGGAGCUUGUAAACAAAGAGAUAUUGACAGAUUGGCUAAACUUGGAUUGUGUACGACUUCAAAGUCCAUUUCUAAGAAACUUUCAUCAUGGGAAGCGUUUCUAGAUUCAGAAAUACUUGAUAUCAAGAAGAAUUGGAGUGAAGGCGGAGAAUUGAAAUACCAAUUGAUAGGUGAUAAUUGGGACAAGAAUAUUAUCCCCACAUACCGCACCUCCCAAAGCAAAACUAUUUCAUUACAUCUCUUCAAUGUGAUAGCGGUUGUAGAUAGGGUGAUUCCAAGCACUUCAUUGGAGGCUGAUGAGGUGGCCCAGAUGUCUGCAGUCAACUUUAUUCCAUCUUUAGAUGAUCAGGCUUUGCUCUUGGAAGAAUUGACAUUCCUAAUGGCCACAUCAGUAAUUCAAAACUUGGACCAAAUGCAUGACAUCUUUGAGCAUAUCUAUCCAAAGCAUUUGAAACAUAGAUACAGUGACUUUUCUGGCAUUAAAACAAAGCAGUACUCCAUAGGAUUGUUCGACUGCAACGAGAAUAAGACUCAAGAUGUUAUCCAGUUAUUGAAAGGCUUGACCGAGAAAUAUGUUCCCAUGAAAGAUGGAGAAAUAGCAGAGGAAGUGUUUUUUGGAGGAGAUAGAUUAACUGAUGAGCGCAUUCAAGGCGCACAGAAUGCCAUGUCAAAUGCCGGGUCUGCAAAAGAAAGUCUCAAAGGAUUCAUUUCCAAAAUAGAAGACUGGCACAGAAUGAUGAACUUUUUAGAGGCCAUAGCAAAGCUAACCUAUAGUACAGCAUCACAAACGGACAGAGGAACAUUGUAUUAUUUUCGGAAUUUAUUGAAUGCUAGGAACGUGAAACAUGAUGUGAAAAACUCAUUCCGAGCAUAUAAAAUGCUUUACUAUUCAGUAUUUGAUGCCAUAUGCUGCACCAUGUUUUUGAAAGAAUUUGGCAAGAGUGAAUUUGAUUCACAAAUUGAUUUACCAGAAGGGUUUCAAGAUGAAAGUGACGACAAGAAAAUAACGUGGAUGAACGACUUGUGCCAAACGAUAGUGAAAAAAUGGUUUUUUGACAACAAAGAUGACAUAUUUGAAGAGUUAAGAGCGAUUUUGGAAGACCCUAAUCACCCUGAGAACUAUUGGUUAGAUACUGAUGAAGAUGGUCAUUUCAAAUGUCACUUUUGUGACAAAUCGUAUGCAUCUGUGGGAAGCUUGAAAGCUCAUGAGACUAUCAAACACCAGCAUGUUGUCCCCACCCAAAAAAAAAGUCUUCACCAGCACCAUGUAAAGAUACAGAUGAAUUAUUUAACUACAUUGUAUUAGUGUUUAAACUUACAGCUUUACUAAAGAAUCUUGAUACAGCAAUUGACAUGGGAGAUGGAGCAAGAUCUGUGCGAUCAGCUAAAUAUGAAAUGCCGAUAUUUAAUAAAACAAACAAACUGAAAUAUGUUAUUGGAUGUGUACAAUUGGUCGACAUGAGUGAAAAUCCCCAUACUCUUACCAGUCAACAGAGGGAGCGCUUUAUUGCCAACCGAACAAUUAACCUGCAGGGAGGAAAAAACAACAAUAUCGCUUUGGACGAAUAUAUUGAAAUGAUCAAUCGUGACAGUAAGAACAUUGUUUCAGGCCAUCAAACCAAAGAGAACAUUAUUGAACGUUCCAAGCAAUUUCCACAUUUAAUCAACUACGUUAAAAACUUCGAUGUGAUUUCUGAAAUAAAAGGCCGAAAAGGGUUCCACAAACUUCCAAAUUAUAAAGUGGAUGUUUCAAAGAUAGCAAAAGAACUCUUGGAAAUUAGAUGUUUAGAAUAUCAGCCAAAGAGACAAUUGCAUUGUCGAGACCUUUCUGUGGACAAGGACCCGUACUCUAAUUCGAUCAAAGGAUUGCCAAUCAUGAUUCACAGACACAAACCGUCAACUCCAUUUAGUCGUUUGCGCAAUAGAAAGUACUAACUGCUUCCUUUUUAGGAAAAUGCAACAUUCCUUGAUAAUAUAUCAAUUUUCUAAUCUGUGAUUUAAUGUCCUUUCAUCUGCACUUGCAAACAGUAAUUGAUUUAUAUUUCGAGACCAGAUUUCAAGUUGGAAUAAAUUUUUGAACUUCUUCAUAAACAUGGGCUCAAACUUUACUUGAAUAUACAGUGUAUAACGGUAUUCUUUAAAUAUUAAUUACAGGAAUGGAAAUGCAUUCAAUAAUAUUUCAUUCUAUAUGCUCGGAUAUUUGUUUAUAUUUAUUUUAAUGUUUAAAUACCAUUCAAACGUAUACAGUAAAGCAUAAUCAAAACAAAGCUAUUUUCAUUCCUAUAUUGCAAACUUGACAUAUAGAAGAAAACAAGCAAAAUUGUCCAACCUUGGCACUUCAUUGUAAAUGUGUUUGUGAAUGGAACAGUUCUUAUCAGUCCUAUUAAAAUCAAACCUUUUAUAAUGUUGAAUUAAUGAGAAAAUAAACAGAUAUGUUUUUUAUUCAUUAACAGUAAAAACUUUUCAAUCAGACUAUAUAAGUUACUGUUCUUUCAAAGGAAUUUUAAAGAAGUCCAUAUUAUAAAAAAAAAAAACCUGAUAGAUUCCUGUAUCUUGUAUUAUCAGUUUCAUUUAAAGUCUUUUUUGGGGAGUUGAUUUUAAUCAGCUCUCCUAUGCAGUUACUCCGGCAAACCGGAAGUGAAACAGUGUUUCCACUUAAGCACAAAUCAUAACCGCUGGCAAGACUUAGUACUUUAAAAUAAUUGAUAAAAUUAGUUAAAUACCUUGAAAAUAGUCAGAUUUUAAAAGGUACGA